CUUAACGUUCUAGAGUAGAUUUACUUUCACCGCAUUAUGUAUGUACUGUGCAUGUAAUAACUUUUGUUGGUACGGUAAGAACUAAUGACACAACUUCCAUUCGCUGGCAGUUUUCUUUUUUUAUUUUACUUUUGCAUGCAGAUUUCUUUCAUCGAAUAUACUGUAGUUUCACGUGUUUACAAUAUUUCACAUGUGCUGUACGUAAAUCCAUCAUUGUUCCCUAAUAAAUGUAAUUUUUUUUCACAACCUCCUACAUUGUCACUGGUUACACAGCGAAAGUUAAAACGAAAAAUUUAUGUGAAUUUCUUAAUUUUAAACACAAAUAAAAAGUACUGGUGAUCCGAUCUACAAAUUCUAUUAUUUUAGAGUCACAAAAAUUCGUAUCUAAGAUAUGUCUUAGAGUAAAAAUGCUGUAUGUAUAAUUUUUCCCUUCUUCUUUCACUCCUCGUUAAGUGUAACAAACUCGCGCAAUU